AUGGCUACUAAUGAAAUUCGGCCGAAAUCUCUUCAAGUCCCAGAAAAUUCAGGAACUAAGCCAGCUUUUAACCCUCAGUGUGCUGGAGAUAUCGUAUUUUCAGCAACGAAAAAUCUAGCACAGCUAUUUAAAAGCGAAAAAAUUGACCAGAAAGAUUUAGAAAGCGAUAUUGUCACUCAAUGUAAACUGCUUACCUCUUCAAGCUGAGUUGAAAUCCUACUAAAAGAAGAAGACAAGCUAAAAGUGCUUGGAAGAAAACAAACAAGGCAGUAUCUUGACAUAAGCACAAACAGUCUGCCUGGAUUUGUGGCCACGAAGAAUGUUUAUCAAAUCAUAAAUAAUCCUAGGAAUUCUGGGUUUUAUCAGAGUUUUCAAGAAAAGCUGUUGCCUUACUCAAAAGCAACAAAUUCGAUGGAAGAGCCCUUUUCAGUGUGCGCAAUUCCUAUUUAUGGAGCGGAUUGCUUGAAUUUGCAAGGGGUUAUUAUUCUAUACAAUAAGCUUGACCAAAAGAGAGCCCAAGCGUUUUUUACUGUAAAUGAUGUCUUAAUGGUUCAAUCAGCUGGUCUAUCCUAUAAUAAAAUAUAUUAAUUGACCAAUAUUUUUUAUAAUUUUUAUUUUAAAAUAAAUUAGGUGUUAGCAUAAAAAUAUAUUAGUAAUUCUUUUUUGCAAAAGAAUGUUAUUUAUUGAGAUUCUGAAUUAUAGAAAAAAGUUAGGAGAAUUGAAAGGGAUAAAUCAUGCAAUUUUAAAGAAUGAAGAAGAAGGUGCUUUUAUCCAAAAAAUUUCGAAUCAAAUGAUAAAAAGAGAAAAAAUACUAAAAAUUUGCAAAAAAAUAGUCAAAACUGAGCAGACAUUGACUCCUGACUAUUUAGCGUUGAUGUGUGAGUGCUUAGAUGCUCAAGCUGGAGUUUUUUAUAUAAAUGUCGACAGAAAAUUGAAUCCUUUCUAUUCUUUUGGGAUAAAUUCAGAAUCUGAUAGCAAAGUUAUGAUAAAUACACAGACUAGUAAUUAUUCUGCUUUUACGUCUCACAUUAAAUUAAAUUUUUUAAACUGGCCAUAUGUGGGUGACCCACUAGCCUUUGCCCUAACUCGGCUCCAAGGUAGCAGCCUCCAUAUAAUCAGAGUUAGAAUGAGGAAAUGGAAGGCCAUCAUCUUGAAUUUUGACCUGAACUAUCUUUCCAGGGGAUUAACUCCUCUAGGCAGAGCCACCAUCUGUAGAGUUCCCCGUUGGUCACGAUAGAGAAGGACCAAGUGACAGGCAAAACCUGUGUACCCAUCUGGCAGGAACAAGAAACCCUCGGGGAGGUAACAAAACACCCUGCUUCGGUAGGCUUCCCAUUUAGAUUGCCUAUUUGACUCAAGAGGAGCAUCUUUCGCCACCCAUCGCGCAGGCCCACCGCUCCAUCAAGAGGUGUCGCCUCAGAGUCCAAUUUCCGUCAACGUCACCAUUUUAUUUCUUUACGUCUCAAGGAAUUUUAAAUAUAAAAGACUUGAGAUCAGAGCCUUUAUGGAGAAUUGAUAUAGCUUACAGAGGGAUUUUGUCAUGCCCAAUCUUUGAUCGAGAAAAAGUAUUGCUAGGUGUUGUCGAGUUUUUUAAGCAGGAAAGCUCUUUUAAAGAUAUAGAUGAAAAAUUCGCAAAAUCAUUAAUAUUCUGCUCCUAUUUAAAUUGCUCAUUCCUCCGCAAGAUUUUUUUGGCCGCUCUUAAUGGGGAUUUUUUUUCUAGAAAAAUUUUAAAAUUUUUCUCUAUAUAGAUAAAUUUAAUUUAAUCUAUAAAAUUUAUUUUUCGUGAAAUUUUAAUAUAAUUAUCUAGGAAUUUCACUAUAGCAAUUGUUAAUUCUGAAAAAAAAUAUAUAAUAAAAUUUCUGGCUCUCUUUAAUGGAAUUUUAUAAUGGUUUUGCUCACUCUUUAAGGUGUUGAGUCAGUACCAUAUAUAUUAUUAAAAAACACUGGUGCUAAUUAACAUUUCAAAAAUCACCUAAUUUAUUAUAACAUUUAUAUAAAAUUAAAAUAAAAAUUUUAGGCGAAAUUCCUUAUGAAAAAUGGCAAGAAAUUAGCCAAAUAGGGAUUUCUCAUGAAGUCGCAAGCAAAGUUUCUAUAAUAGCCGACACAUUGAAAUGCUUUACCUUGAAUACUGAAAGGCUUUAUGGCUAUUCCUUACUAUUUGAUCACAUAAAACAAAGUAUGAAGCAUCUAAUUUGCUUUGACUCAAGUGCAGUCUACAUUGUUGACCACAAAAAAAUGUCCAUAUGAACAACUCUUGACAAAAAGCAAGACACAAUUUCCUACCCUUUAAAUGAAAAUUCCCUUCUCGGCUUAACCUUUUUUUCUGAAAAAACAGUGAUUUUCCCUUCAAAUGCUGCAAUGAAUAUUUCUGAUAUUGAUAUUUACAGAGAAAGCUGUAUCUUAUCAAUCCCUAUUUUUGGGAAUUUAACAGAAAAACGCGUAAUUGGGAUAAUCGUAGUAAGAAGAACACCUAGCGAAUUUAAGCAUGAAGAGAUAAACCUCUUGGUGAAUUUUUCUAAUAAAUUAUCAACAAUUCUUGACAAUCUUUUCGCCUCUGGCUUGAUAAUUGAUACUAACCCUUUUCAGCCACAAGAAAGAUCAGUCUCCCCAAAAUCCGGUUUUCGCAGGCUAAAUUCUAAGUCAGUUAAUCAGCUCCCAGUUAGCCACAGAAGACAGGCUUCAAAAAAUAAAUUAAUAGACUCAGUCGAAAUAAAAAAUAUCAUCACAAAAAACUCUGCAAUUGAAGCAUUAUUCCAUAUAAAUCUUGUCCCAUGGGAAAAAUUGCAGAGAUUAUCACAAUAUCAAGAAUUAAUAGAAAAUUCAGGAAAUAGCUUAAAAUCUUUUGCGAAAAAUUUACAGUCUGCUAUACCUUGUCAAGCAGCCUGUAUGUUGUUGAAAUAUAGCACUGAUGGGACUUUAUAUGAUAUUUUAAAUGAAAAUUUGCUUAAAAAUUCAGGAUUAGUUAAACAGUCCAUUGUUGAUAACGAAAUUGUGCUUCUGAAAGAAAAAGCUUACUCUCAUCGAAAAUUCGACGUCCAUAUAGACUCUUUAGGGGUUCAGGAUCAAAUAAACUCCUUUUUAUGUAUCCCUAUUUCUAGCUUAAGCAGCGGGGUAGAUGGAGUAAUCUGCUUUGUAAACUCCCCAGAAAAUUUCCCAAGCGAUGACGUAAUUUUUGCCCAAUAUUUAUCAGUGAUUUCUAGAGAAAUUCUCCAAAUGAAGGUAACAACAGAGAAUAAUUGGCAGACUAUAUUAAAAGAAGGAAGAAAGCACAAAAUGCUGCUGAGGUCGUUUAAACAGAUUACAGAGACCACAAAUUAUGCUCAAUUCUCACAGGUGCUAUCUGUUGAUCUUUUAAGAAGGCUUGCUAAUGAUAAUGAUACAGAUUCAUUGAUUUCUAUUGCCCUAGAGGUUAUUAAAGCACUUUCAGGGUCUGAAGGGGCAAGCUGUAUAUGGAUUUCUGAGCUUAAUUAUUCUUUUUGAUAUAAAUCCUAUUUAUUUAUUUUUUUUAAAAAAAAAAUAUUAUUAUUCAAAAAAUUUAGCAUACACAAUGUACCAAAUAAGAGAAAAUAAAUUGAGCAUGAUAUUUAAUAAAAAACAAGAAGAUUUCUUCAGUAGUCUUGUCGAGUCAGAAAGACCAGCUUUAUUUAACCACAUUGAAGGGAAAGAAAACAUUUUAUACAUUCCUAUUAGAAAAGAUGGGAAUUCUUUAAUAAUAAAAGCUUGAAAUAAAAAGGAUGAGACUUAUUCGCUUUAUGUGAGCUAUACACGAGAAGAUGAAAUUAAAAUUAAAGAAUUAGGGAAAUAUAUUUUUUCUGCAAUAAGCCCAAAAACAAAUGAUGGAAAAUCAGAAAAUUCAGAGCUCAGGAAAAUUAUUAGGCACUAUGCGGUUGGGAUGGAUACUCAAAGCUUGAUAAGCACUAUAAGAAGUGUAGCACAAAAUCUGCUGGAUUGUGAUAGAGGGACUGUUUAUUUGAGAGAAGGCAAUAAUUUGGUAAUAAAAUCUCAAGGACUUGAGCAAGAAAUACCUAUGGGAUUCGAAAUUCCUUUACUCCCUCCCACUCAUAAGCGAACAAAAAAAAUCUUGUUCGCUCACGAGGGGGGGUUAAAUUUUUGUUUUUUAAAAAAUUAUAUAUAAAAUUUAAAUAAAAAAAUUUUUUAGGAAUUUAAAAAAAUCCCACUUCUCGAAGAUUGGAAGGCAAAUAUUAAUUUAAUUUGUAAAAUAUAUGUUUUAAAAACUCAAUUUGUUUAAAAGUAAACAGAAUUAGCUCGAGAUUCAUGAUACUAGUUAUUACUUAUAUGUCAAAUUUUUUUCCAUAAAAAAUUUUUGUUCACUCUCGGAAGGGGGGAGUUAGGAAAAGGAAUUGCUGGAUAUGUUGCUCAGACCGGCCUAGCUGAAAAUAUAAAAGAUGUAUACUCUGAUUCAAGAUUUAACCCAGAAGUAGACCGUCUUACAGGCUUUAAAACAUCCACAAUGCUAUGCACACCAGUAUUAGAUUACCAAGGCAAUGUAAUUGCGGCUUUCCAAAUGAUUAAUAAAAGAGGAGGGGAGUUUGACCAAUAUGACGAAGACACUUUAGAAGUUUUUUCUGAAUUAAUUUCGUUUAUUCUUUUCCAAUUAAUUAUUAAAAUAAUUUUAGUUUAUAUUAUGGCUUAUUAAUAAUUUUUAUUCUUAAUAAAUAAGAAUAUUUUGCAAAACUGGAAACUUUUCCAAAAAAAUAUUGAAGAAAGAACUGCCUUGGCCAAUAUUUUAAACAGUAUUGGACAUUAUGUGCUUGUCCUUAAUAGUGAAGGAAUGCUUGAAUAUAACAACAGACCUUUUGAAAACAUUUUUGGGGUCACUGAAGCUGCAGCUAAAGAGCUUACAUAUCCAAAAUGGAUGGAAUUCAAUAGACAGCUUGUCUUGGACAUAACUUCAAUUUAUAAUUAUCCUUAUAGAAGAAUACAUAGAAAAAGCCAAAAAAUUUCUCCUGUAACCAGAAAAUCAAUAUUUCCAGAAUUACAAGGAAGUCAAUCAGCAAGCUCCAUUUUUAACUAUACACUGGUUCCUCUCCAAGAUUUUAUGAAUGAUUCUUCUACUGGGGUUAUAGUAAUUUUAGAAGACGCAAGCGAAAUUGAAGAGCUCAGCACAAGGCUAAAAGACAUGCAGUCUCAGCUCUACGAUCUUACUAAUAAUCCAGUCAAAACAGAAACUUCUUUACAAAGAUGCAUAGACAAGCUCACAGCAAUGGCACAAGAUAUUGAAUAUUCUUCUGACAUGUCUGCACAGCUCAUUGAUGUAAUUAAUACUCUUAAGAGAGGAAAUCUAGAUAGGGCUGAAGUCACUUUUCUGGGUGAAAAGGAAGUUAUAGAGCCUGAGCUGAAAAGCUAUAUAAGUGAAUAUGUAGAACUCCCUGACACAGUAGACAGGAGAAGUUCUGUUUUGAGCACCUUUACGAAUAGAUCUGAAACGUCAUUUUUAGAAGUAGAAGAGUUAGAAGUUGACAUUGAGUCCUUGAGAAACUGAAGCUUAAAUGCCUUUGAGGUUGAGGAUCAUUUCUUAUAUAUUGUUGCAAUGCUAAGAGACUUUAAGUUCACGACUCAGUUUAAUAUCAAUAUUACCAAGCUUAAAUCUUUCGUAAAUGAAGUCAGGAAGAAUUAUCAUGAAAAUCCUUUCCAUAACUUUUACCAUGGAUUUACCGUUAUGCAUUCUACCUAUAUUAUAUUUAAUUAAAAUUUCAAUAAUUUUCUUAUUAUAUUUCUAUAUUUAUUUAUAAUUAAAAAUACCGUUUUUCUUAAAGCAAGCUAAAUUAAUCUAGCACAGAGUAUUAUAUUAUGGCAACAACCAAAGUAUCAAAAAUUUUCACUGACCACGAAAUAUACGCAUUAAUUAUCGCUUCAUUAUGCCAUGACAUAGGGCAUACAGGGCAUAAUAAUGCUUUUGAAGUCAAUAGAAGUUCACAUUAUGCAAUAGUCUAUAAUGAUAAAUCUGUGCUUGAAAAUCAUCACGCAGCGUUAACGUUCCAGAUCCUUCAGAAUGGUAAUAGCAAUAUUUUUGAUUUUUUAAGCAACGAUAUUUAUAAAGCAGUGAGGAAAUUAAUUAUUGAGUCAAUUUUAAGCACUGAUAUGGUAAAGCAUUUUAAUAUGAUUUCGUCAAUGGCGUCAAGGUUUAAGGACUUGGAAGACCAUCCAUUAGGGUCAUUAGAUGAUGAUUGUGAAAAAAUAGCUUCCUUAGUUAUAGAACUUUCUCUUAAAUAGCGCGAAAAUAGUGCAUCCUGGUUUAACUAAAAGGUCUUUGGACCAUGAAAAUCUGCUAUUCCUUCUCCAUAAGAGAGGAAAAUAGUAAAAAUGAAGAAUUCUGCCCUAUCCAGUUUCGAGAACUGGAAGAGAUUAUUGUUCUGAAUUAAGAAUACCUGAGUUAUUGUGGAAUUUUUAUUUCUUGCAAAAAUUUUUAAUUUUUAAUAAGUUUUGGUUCGUCAAAUGGUUCUGACGAGUUAAUUCUGAUAGGCACUUGAAAUAAAAAAAUAAAUAACUGUCAUUAUGUUUUAUUUUUCUGAUGUUAAGGAUGAUCAGAAAUUUUAAUAAAAUGGCACAGGAUCAAAAAAACAAACUUAAAGACUAGUGAAGCAGGCAUAAAUGUUAUAGCUAUAAGUGGCCAAGAUAUUUGAUAAUAAAAUAAUAAGAAUUCUAAUAAAUAGUUUUGUCAAAAUUUUAGCUAAUUUUUAGGAACUAACUUUUAUAUUUCUCAAAUUAAUUUUCUUACUUUAAAAUUUCGCUAUUUGAUGCUUUUGUUUUCUCUUUCUGAACUUGAACACAAAUUUAAUUUGUGAACAUUUUUUGUUCGUUUAAGCCGCUACCCAUAUAAAAAAAUUAAAACUCUUAAGUCACCACAUGCGGUUUCAUUGAAGACUUGAUAUUUGAGAACUAAAAUUUCCUAUUUGUGCCUUUAUUUUCCGCUUUCUGGAUUCGAGCACAAAUUCAUUUUUUAAACAUUUUUUGUUCGUUUAAGCCGCCAUCUUGAUUUUGUACGCUAUAAAAAAAUUAAAACUCUUAAGUUACCACAUGCGGUUUCAUUGAGAACUUGAUAUUUGAGAAACUAAAAUAAGCUAUUUAAUGUCUUUAAUAUCCGCUUUCUGGAUUCAAGCACAAAUUCAUUUUUUAACUGUUUUUGCUCGUUAAAGCCGCCAUCUUGAUUUUGUACACUAUAUAAAAAUAUUAAAACUCUUAAGUCACAACUUGAGGUUUCAUUGAGAACUUGUAUUUGAGAACUAAAAUAAGCUAUUUGGUGCCUUUAUUUUCUGCUUUCUGGAUUCGAGCACAAAUUCAUUUGUGAACAUUUUUUGUUCGUUUAAGCCGCAUCUUGAUUUUGUACGCUAUAUAAAAAAAUUAAAACUCUUAAGUCACCAUAUGCGGUUUCAUUGAGAACUUGAUAUUUAAAAUAUUAAAGCAGUUAUUUGGUGCCUUUAUUUUCCGCUUUCUGGAUUCGAGCACAAAAUCAUUUUUAGACAUUUUUUGUUCGUUAAAGCCGCAUCUUUACUUUAUAAGCCAUAAAAAAAUUAAAACUCUUAAGUCACCACUUGCGGUUUCAUUGUAGACUUGAUAUUUAAAGUAUUAAAAACAGUUAUUUGAUGCCCCCACUUUCCGCUUUCUGGAUUCGAGCACAAAUUCAUUUGUGAACAUUUUUUGUUCGUUUAAGCCGCCAUCUUGAUUUUGUACACUAUAUAAAAAAUUAAAACUCUUAAAUCACCAUUGCGGUUUCAUUGAGAAUUGGUAUUUGAGAACUAAAAUAAGCUAUUUGGUGCCUUUAUUUUCCGCUUUCUGGACUCGAGCACAAAUUCAUUUUUUAACAAUUUUUGUUCGUUUAAGCCUCCAUCUUGAUUUUGUACGCUAUAUAAAAAAAUUAAAACUCUUAAGUCAACACAUGAGGUUUCAUUGAGAACUUGAUAUUUAAAGUAUUAAAACAGUUAUUUGGUGCCUUUAAUAUCCGCUUUCUGGACUCGAGCACAAAUUUGUUUUUUAACAUAUUUUGUUCAUUUCUAUUCCAUUAUUAAAAUUUCUGAUCAGCCUUAAUAUCAGAAAAUUAAAAAAAUAAUUCAAUUUUUUUAUUAUUUAUUUCAAGUACUAGCCAGAAUUGGCUCGUCAAAACCAUUUGACGAACCAAAACUUAUUAAAAUUAAAAAUUUUUGCAAGCAAUCAAAAUUCCACAAUAACUCAGGUAUUCUCAAUUCAGACCAAAAAAAAUUCCUUAAAGUUCUCGAGAUUGGAUCGGGCAGAACUUUUCAUUUUUACUAUUUGCCUCUCUUAUGGAGAAGGAACAGCAGAUUUUCAUGGUCCAAAGACCUUUUAGUCAAACUAAGAGUACGCCUUAUUGCGCUAUUGAAGAGAAAGAUCUAUAUACAUUUAUCAGAUUUAGCACACCCAACUAAAGAGUUUGAUGUAUUUUCUUAUUGGUCACUGCUUGUUUGCAAUGAAUUUUCAAAUCAAUACGCAGAUGAAGCUGAGUAUGGCUUGCCUCAAACUGAAUUUAUGAAAGGUCUUGACGAUCCACAGAACUAUUAUAAGAAUGAAAUAAAUUUUAUUUCUGUAAUUGUGAAACCACUAUGGGAGUGUGCAAAUAUAUGGCUUAGCCCUGAAAUUGACCAUUGCAUGCUGAAUUUGGAUGAGAAUAUCAAAAAAUAUCAAGAGAGACUGCAGAAUUCGAAUAACAAAUAA